ACAGAGUCUCUAGUGUUGCUGGAGAGUUCACUCAUCUUGUCUGCAAGCUCCAGCCAAAACGUGACUACAAACCUUUUAUUUAUUUUGUUACCUUUAAAUCCCGUUCUUAAACAAGAUGUAACUUCCAGCGACGCACGAACCUAUUUGAGAUUGCGCUUGUGUUUUUUGUUAAUAAGAAGCGAGAGUGGAUGGCGUCUUUUUUUGCUACAAAGGGAAGAAUAUAUUAUUGUGAAUUAUGAUACGAGUGUGUUAUGCCUAAGUGAUUUUUUUGUUUGAUUUUUUUUUUUUUUCGUCGUGGAUCUCUAACGUGGGAUUUACUACUAAAACGAGGCGAGUCUCUGCUCUGAGAGAGGGAUUCGAAUAUUUCUACUCCUUCGACAAACCCAGGAUUUAAACAUCUUUGGUGUCUUUUUUUUUUAAACAAAAAAACAAAAACAAAAUUCAUGUGGCGAUUUUUCCUUUUAGCAAACGCAAUUUGGAUAGCAGAAUGAGCAAGGGAAGACCCAAGAGAAAUAUUAUUCAAAAGAAAUACGAUGACAGCGAUGGUAUUCCUUGGUCAGAGGAGAGAGUGGUGCGCAAGGUCCUUUACUUGUCUCUGAAGGAGUUUAAGAAUGCACGGAAGAGGCAGCAGGGUGAUGGGGGAAGAACCAAAAACACAAAUGGUUCCUUGGGUAACGGGAAGUUAAACGGAUUAGGACCAAAAUCGUCAGGAAGCGAGAAAGAAGAUGGUUCCCGGGCGUCCUCUCACACGAACGACAGUGGUUCAACAGAUUCGGAGGAGGGGCCAGUUAAAAAGAGGCCAAGACUGCAAGCACAAAGGAAAUUUGCUCAGUCACAGCCCAACUCCCCCAGCACAACCCCCAUAAAGGUGGUAGAGUCAGCUUUGCCAACUCCAGUCUCCCAGAUCACAGACCUUUCCAAACGGAAGCCUAAAACAGAGGAUUUCCUGACCUUCCUCUGCCUCCGAGGCUACUGUAUCUGGCACUACAAAGACUCUGCUGCGUUGCCCAGCAACAUGGCGUAUUUCGGAAGCUCUCAAGAUGAAGAGGAUUUGGAUGACGAAGAGGAGGAAAGUAUGGAUGUGAAGCCAGCUGCUUGCAUCGCUUCAACGUCCUGCAAUUCCACGCCCAGGAAAGGCAAGCUGCACGGCAAACACACCAUCAAUGGCUGUGUUUUGAAUGGUCACAGAAAAUCUUCUCGGGAGAGAGAGUCCACUCUGAAACACAAAGGCAAAGAGGCCACGCCAGGGAAAGAGAGAAGCGAGAACAGGAACAAGGCAGAGAGUCGCAGAGAACAAGCUUCUUCUACAGCAGGUGCUAACAAUUUGGGAACCUCAGCCAAAGGUUCAGCUGCUAACAGCCAUGCUCUCAGCAAAUCGGCUCAGGAGCUCCGAAAGCAGGUUUCGAAAGUGAAUGGAUAUACCCGGGCCUCUUCCCAAGGCACACACCCACCCAGUGCCAAAAAGACGAGAGAGUUCCAACCUUCGCCGUCCAAAACUGUGAAGUACACGGCCACCGUGACCAAGGGGCACGUCACCUACACCAAAGCAAAGCGAGAACUGGUCAAGGAAACCAAACUGAACCACAGUAAACACACAAUGGUUCAACACAAUAACCACCACCACCACGAAAACUCAGGAAAAGCAGAAAGUAGCAAUGCAAAAACACGAAAACAGGUGCUGUUAUCCAAUGGGGUGCACAAGACGACGGCAAGGGGGGACUGUGUGCGUCUCAAUGGGAGACUAAACGGGCGGCUAUGCGCCAAGGAGAAGGGCAUGCGGGUGCGGGAAGGGUUGCGCAACUCCAAGAGGCGGCUGGAGACGACAGGCCUCAGAGGGAAGCAGCUCCAGUCCAACACCAAGGCGGCCAAGCUCAAUGUGCGCUCGCCUGAGACCCGCAGCAGGAAAGCCAAUCUGGAGAAGGCCUUGCUGAAUGGGCACAUGAAGGCCCCAGAAUGCCCAGAGCCCAGCUCAGAAAGGCAGAGGCCCAAAAGGGCAUCAGCGAGCAGGCAGACUCCUAGCAAACAAGCACACCACAAAACGGAGAGCGUCCCCAGCGAGAACCAUUCUACCUCAGAAAUAGAGUCCUUCCCGCACAAACUGCCUGAGCCCAAAGCGGAGAAAGAGAAAGGGGGCAAUAGCAAGUCAGGCUGGUCCUCGAUUAGUGAGGCUCCAGUCUUUAGGCCAACCCACAAGCAGUUCCAGGACCCUCUGGUUUACAUUGAGUCAAUCCGGGAGCAGGCAGAGCCCUAUGGGCUCUUCAGGGUGGUUCCCCCGCAGGACUGGCGGCCAGAGUGCAAACUGAGCGAUGAGAUGCGCUUCGUCACCCAGGUGCAGCACAUUCACAAGCUGGGCAGACGCUGGGGGCCCAAUGUGCAGCGGCUGGCCUGUAUCAAAAAGCACCUCAAAUCUCAGGGCAUUGCCAUGGAGGAGCCCCCACUCAUAGGAGGCUGUGAGCUGGACCUGGCCCGCUUUUUCCAGCUGAUCAACGACAUGGGCGGCAUGCAGCAGGUGACGGACCUCAAGAAGUGGAACAAGCUGGCGGACAUGCUGCGCAUUCCCAAGUCUGCCCAGGACCGACUGGCCAAACUGCAGGAGGCUUACUGCCAGUACCUGCUGUCAUAUGACUCUCUGUCCCCCGAGGAGCACAGGCAGCUGGAGAAGGAGGUCCUGGCUGAGAAGGAGAACCUGGAGAAGAGGAAGGGCCCCCUGGAGGGACACUCUGAGAACACUCACUAUUCCCAAUCGCUGCCCAGGUUUGAGCCCAAAAACGGACUCAUCAACGGCGUGGUGCACAAGAAUGGCUUUCGCAAUAACCUGAAAGAGCUGGACACUCAGUUGAAAACAGGCCGACGGCGACUGUUUGCUCAGGAAAAGAAAGAGAAUGAUAAAGAUAAUGGAGUUCUAAGUGACCAGCACAAAUGUAUAUAUAAGGGAAGAUCGGUAUCGUUAACUACAUUCUACAGAACAGCCAGAAACACCAUGAACAUGUGCUUUAACAAGGAGCCAGGGGUAGCUGAUGUUGAGCAAGAGUACUGGAGGAUAGUGGAGCAGAAGGAUUGUCAUGUGGCAGUGCACCAUGGGAAAGUGGACACAAACACACAUGGAAGUGGCUUCCCUGUGGGCAAGUCAGAGCCAUUUUCAAAGCAUGGAUGGAACCUCACAGUCCUUCCCAAUAAUUCAGGAUCUAUCUUGCGACAUCUUGGUGCUGUACCUGGAGUGACCAUUCCCUGGCUGAACAUUGGCAUGGUCUUUUCUACCUCAUGCUGGUCUCGGGACCAAAACUGCCUUCCAUACAUUGAUUAUUCACACACUGGUGCUGAUUGCAUUUGGUAUUGCAUUCCUGCUGAGGAGAACAAAAAACUUGACAAAGUGGUGCACACUCUGCUGCAGGCCAAUGGGACUCCAGGGCUGGAAAUGCUUGAAAGCAGCAUCAUGAUCUCCCCGGAAGUGCUGAUUCGGGAAGGAAUUAAGGUGUAUCGUACAGUCCAGAAGAGUGGCGAGUUCAUUGUCUCUUUCCCGGGAACCUUUGUGUCAAAAGUAUGCUGUGGGUACAACGUUUCCGAAACCGUGCACUUUGCAACCACCCACUGGAUGAACCUAGGAUAUGAGGCUGCUAAGUACCUAAAAUGCCGACGUAUAGCUAAGCCCUUUUCGAUGGAGAAACUGCUAUACCAGAUCGCAACAGCGGAGUCCAAACGGGAGAAUGGACAGAUUUUGAGUACAAUCUCUUCGCUUCUGCAAGAGCUCAGGGAUAUAGAGUUGAAAGAACGACAGGAGCUGUAUGAGGCAGGCCUUCUCUCCACAGCUCGAUACGGGAGUCUUGACAACAACCAGUUGACGCUGGACGGGAAGAAAAAGCCUCGAAAGUGGCUUGCGCUGGAGACAUCGGAGAGGCGGUGUCAGAUGUGCCUCCACCUAUGUUAUCUUUCCAUGGUUGUUCAGGAGAACGAGAAUGUUGUGUUCUGUUUGGAGUGUGCUCUCCGCCAUGUGGAGAAGCACAAGUCCUGCCGUGGGCUCAAGAUGAUGUAUCGAUACGAUGAGGAACAAAUCAACAGCUUAGUGAAUCAGGUCUCUGGAAAAGUGACUGCAAAAAACAGCGACGUUGGAAACUGCAUCACUCCCAGCAAGACCCCACUGAAGCGAGGACCCAGGAAACGAGCCACCAUCCACGUGCCACUCUCCAGGCUCCCCGCUUCAAACACGUCCAAAAGUGCUUCAACUUCCUCAUGAAGAUGCCAACUGUUUUCCUUUUUUUUUUUUUAUAUAAUAGUUUGGAGAACUUGCUCUAGAAUGCAAGCUGUCUUUGCACUAGCUCUAAAGAGAAUUUUGUUCUUUUUUUUAGAGAAGUAUUUUGUUUUAGCAUUAAAUUGUUGGGGUUACAUUUUUUUUUAGGACAA